AUGGCGGCUGUCAUGCAGUCUGGUUUCUCCGCUGAGGGCGCGCGCACGGAAUGGGUCCACGAUGUCGCAUACUGCAGCAAACACCUCGAAUACGAGCUAGAGAAGGCCGUCGACGAAGUGUGGGCUACUUUGGUAACGGGACGGGUGUUUCCUGGUUCGUCGCACCACGAUUUGAGUCUUCAGACUCCGCGCCCGCCCUCCUACACUCAACCCCCACCAUCCUAUGACGAUGCAAUCACCGAUAUGCCCCCAGAGUACUCGUCGCUUCCUCCGCUUGCGCAACGCAAAUCCACCGCUUUUCAUGCAGCACCUCCCCUGCCAGGCGCCAAAUCUCUCGACCAGCCGUCUUCUUUACUGAAAGAUACAACGCGCGAUAUCUAUAUUGAUUUUCGCGCUCCGACUGGCACUCGAGAACAUAAGGGAGGCAAGAAGAAGGCGAAGAAGUCAACCCCUCUUCCCUUGGGGAACACCGGUGGUGGCGGCUCCGAUAAUGGCGGAGACGACAAGGGUGAUGGGUCCGGCGGCAAUGAUGAAGGUGGUGCGGGCGACGGCAACGGGGAUGACGGGGAUGGUGGGGACGACUGGGGUGCAUGGGCAGUGAGCGGAAGUAAGAAAAAGAGCAAAAAGAAGGAACAGGAAGAGGAAGAAGAGCGACGCGCCAAGGAGGAGGAGGAGAAGAAAGCCUCGAAUAAUCUCAGCUGGGCUGAUGAGAUGGAGGAUGGUAACGAUGAUUCUUGGGCCGGCUUUGCCACGGUAGGAGGAAAAAAGAAGAAGAAGGGAAAGGAUGAGCCGUCAAGUGGAUUUCAAGACGUCAGUCUGAAUGACGGCGCACCGCAGCUCGACUUGAGCUUCGACACAUCAUCUGCCACCAAGACCGGCGGGACCGGUUUCAGCUUCGGGGGAUGGGGUAAAGAUUGGAAUACGGGAAACAAAUGGGGCCUGGGUAGCGUCGGAGAGUCUACAAAAGAGGAACCCAAAGAGGAACCCAAAGACACCAAUCCCUGGGCAACGGCCAGCAAAAAGAAGUCAACAAAGACGACCAGCGGGUUUGAUUUUGGUGAUCUUGGAUCCCCUCCAGCCGAAGAGAAAGCCGAUGACGACUGGGCUGGCUUCACUUCCGUCGACAAGAAAGGCAAGAAGAAGGGUAUUCAAGAGGUACCCGCGGAACCGGAGCCUGAACCUAAAACCGACGACUGGGGUGCUUGGGGUACUGUAAAGGACAAGAAGAAAAAGAAAGGUGCUCUUGAGCCUGAGCCGGAAAAGAAGUCGGAAAAGAAGUCUGAGCCCGAACCCGAGCCUGAGCCUGAACCGCCCAAGCCUGCGGCCACAGGGCCUGUCAUUGACGAGAGCAUGUUUGCUGGAAUGUCAAUGAAGGAAAAGCGCAAGGCAAAGAAGGCGAUAGAAAAGGAGUGGGCGGACAAGCUUGCCAAAGAAGCUGAGAACCCACCUGAGGCUGAACCCGAGCCCGAGCCCAAGAAGAAGCCCCCCGAACCGGAAAACGACUGGGGCUGGAAUGUCGCCUCCAAGUCCAAGGACAAGAAGAAGAAGAUUGACCUCCUGGAUGAUCCAGCACCCCCUCCUGCGGACCCUCCGCCAGCGGAUGACUGGAUGGAUGGUUGGGGCACGGCUGGGAAGAAGAAAGACAAGAAAUCCACUAAAAAGGAGCCAGAUCCUGUUCCUGAGGAGCCACCGAAAGAAAAGUCGAAGUCCAAAGAAAUCGAUGACGACUGGGGUGGUGGUGCUUGGGGUAUUUCCUCUAAGGACAAGAAGAAAAAGCCCAAGGAGCCCGAGCCCGAGCCCGAGCCUGAACCGGAAAAGCCAAAGAUACCAGAUGAUCCUCUAUACAAGGAUUGGCACACCGUCUCUUCUAAGGAACGCAAGAGGCGAGAGAAGACAUUGAUUCAGAAAGGACUUCCUAUUCCCGGCAAGGAUUUCGACCUGCCGCCAGACGAGCCUGAACCCGAGCCCGAGCCUGAAGAUCCUGAACCCGAACCCGAGCCCGAGCCAGAGAAGCCCAAAAUCCCAGAUGACCCUCUAUACAAGGAUUGGCACAUGCUCUCUUCCAAAGAUCGUAAGAGACGAGAGAAGGCAUUGAUUCAAAAAGGGCUUCCCAUUCCAGGCAAAGAUUUUGAGCUUCCUUCGGAAGAGCCUGAGCCUGAACCAUUGCCCGAACCGGAACCCGAGAAGCCAGCUGACGACGACUGGAAUGCCUGGGGUACGGUAAAGGACAAGAAGAAGAAAAAGGGCAAGGUUGAGGAACCUCCUCCGCCGGCGCCUACUCCCCCAGCUCAGGGCCUUACCCCAGAACCCGAUGCAGGCAACGAAAAUGCCGAUGAUAUAUGGGCAGAUUUGGAACCCAAGUCGAAGAGUACGAAGAAGAAGGCCAUUGACCCGCCGCCCAAGGAAGAAAAGUCAUCAUCCAAGGGCUUCUGGGCAUCUCUCACGGGGACAACUACAACCAAGACCAAAGCAACAACAACCAAGAAAACGGAGGAGAAGCCCAAGUCCAAGGAAGAGCCGGAAGAGGAUCUCCUGAUUGACAUGGAUGAUGACCCUAAAGAGCCUGAGCUCGAGCCUGCCAAGGAAGAAGAUCCGCCUGUCUCCAAGAGCAAGCCCAUCUCCAAAAUGUCCGUUGCUGAACGUAUCAAGAUGCUUGAGCAGAACAAGAAGGACAAGGCGAAGGAGGAGAAGGAGAAGGCAAAAGAGGAGAAGGUGAGCUCAAAGACAAAGACAAAGGAGAAGAAACUCGAACCCGAACCGGAGCCUGAACCUGAGCCCGAGGAACCCGUUUCAACGAAGAAGAGCUCCAAGACCAAAACCGGCAAGACUUCUACUUCCAAGAAAGAAAAGGAAAAAGAACUGUCGGAGCCAGAGGAUAACAAGAGAGCCUCCAAGGACUUCUUGCCUGGAAGCUUCCCCGAUGAACCCGAGCCGGAAUCCGAGUCCAAGCCUGAGCCUGAGCUGGCCGUUGACACUUCGAAAAUGUCGAAGAAAGAGCUCAAAAAGUACAAAAAGGCGGUCGCCGCAGCCGCCACUAAGGAGCCUACGCCGCCUGCAGAAGACAAGGCCGAGCCAGAAGAGGAGGCCGAGGCGGACGACCGUGCACCUCCUACACCUCCCCCAGAGUCGACUGAGAAAGAAGCCAAAUCAGCCAAGAAGGAACGUGCCAAAGUCGAGCGCACCGCCGGAACUACCUCCUGGGGAUUCUGGGGAGCAGCUGCGCCACCCCCAAAGAAGUCCACCAAGAAAGAAAGCAAGCCUACGGAAGACGCGGAGCCUCCCAAAAAGAGGGAAAGGGAAAGGGAAUCCACGCGAGAGCGAGAGCGCUCCCCCUGCGGCGCCAGUGCGAAGCAAAUCCACGAAACAGUCCUCUCGACCCAAGGACUCCGAUCACGAAAUGGAGAAGUCAUCUGCAUCAGACCGUGA